CGCAGAGAGCAAGCUCCCGAGGUCCUCAAUGGCUACGAAGGGUACCCACCGGGCUAUCCGACACUCGCGGUACGCAUGGGACUGCUACCAGAGCAAGCUAUCUUCCGCAAGUUCAACACGCUCAACAUGCGCAACCUCCUUUAUCUGCAAUCCGAGCUAUGCUUGCUCGAAGAGCUGCUCAAUCAGUACACUACACGGGAUGCCCUAGAUGACACGGGGAAGAAGAAGCUAUACGCGCGUGACUACGCCUGGAUGGCGCAUGAGGGAGAUUCGAAGCAGUACGAGCUCAUUAUUCAAAUCCGACAGAAGCUCAAGGAAUACAAUAAGGCAUUGCUUCAAGUGUCUCAGAUCCAGCACCUCAGCAUACCGGAACGCCGCGACCUAAAUAACAUACAAUGCUUCAACGCUAGCAAUCACAUGAAGUCCAGCCUUAUCGGCUUGGAUUGGAACACCUGGGGCACCUUCCUCAACCCUCAGGAUUACAAGCCCGACAUAGUGUGCUUGAGGCAGCGAAAGACCGAGGACGUCUUCUCGAAUUUCGUCCUUCAGAACAGCGAGACUAUCUUCAAGCUCUUCGGCCGAUUCAUGAAGCCUUCCCGAUUCUUGGGUAAAGUGUCCAUUCGUGAUGAUUCGAUCUUUCGGGUCACCUUCUGGGUUACGUCGAUGCUGGCGGCUACCAUGCCCGUCGCCUCGGUCGCUGUACUGCCUAAGCUGGCUUUGGCUUCUUGGGGAGCCAAAAUUGGUACAAUGACGGGGUUUAAUGCCGUUACCGCUCUCCUCCUGAACUGCCUUACGGACGCGAAGAGGGCUGAACUGUUCAUUGUC